ACGAGAACAAAAAGAAAAACCAGAGCAAGUAGAAACCCUAGAGUAUCGAGGUUCGGGAUGCUCUCUUCAUUUUAGGGUUCCAAUUCCAGAUCGAUCGCACUCCAUUCCUUUUCGAGCUCCUAGUCGCGCAGUUGUAUUCUGUUCAAUGGCGGAAGAUAAUAGCAGAAGAAACGGCGGCACUGGAGAUGAUCGGAGUGAGACAAGUGAUUACACAUCCGAGGACGAAGGGACAGAGGAUUACAGGCGUGGAGGUUAUCAUGCUGUUCGUAUUGGUGAUAAAUUUAAGCAUUCUAGAUAUAUUGUUCAGAGCAAGCUUGGUUGGGGUCAUUUUUCCACCGUUUGGCUCGCUUGGGACACUCAGAAAUCUAGAUAUGUAGCUUUAAAAGUUCAAAAGAGUGCUCAACACUACACUGAGGCAGCAAUGGAUGAAAUCACAAUAUUGAAGCAGAUAGCUGAGGGGGAUCCAGAUGACCAAAAAAGUGUCGUGAAGCUAUUGGAUCAUUUUAAACACUCCGGACCAAAUGGGCAGCAUGUUUGCAUGGUAUUUGAGUAUUUGGGUGAUAACCUGUUGACGUUAAUCAAGUAUUCUGAUUACCGAGGGGUCCCUCUUCACAAGGUUAAGGAAAUAUGCUUUCACGUUUUAGGGGGGUUGGAUUACUUGCAUCGCCAGCUUUCUAUUAUACACACAGACCUUAAGCCAGAAAACAUUUUACUUCUGUCCAUGAUUGAUCCAGAAAGAGAUAGAACCAAAACAGGUGCACCCCUAAUCCUCUCCUCCAGUAAGGAUCACAUUUUAGCUGAAUCUGGGGCUUCUAAAGAUGUUAAGAUUUCAAAUGGGGAUCUUACCAAGAAUCAGAAAAAGAAAAUCAGAAAAAAGGCUAAGAAGGCUGCCCAAAAUGGUUCCGGAAAGGAAGAUUUUGAGGAAGUUGAAGCAAACAAUGAGACAACUGGUGCUGAUUGUUGUCCCAAUGAGAAAUCAAAUGGGGUCUCCUUUGAAGGGCAUGCCGCUUCAUCGGUUGUAAAAGAUGAUUCCAAUAAUCGUUCUGAAGCAAGGGAUUCUCGCCAAGGGAAUCAACUUCGUGGAAGAGGUAGCCGGUCGACAAGGCAGAAAUUAUUGGCAGAGGUUGAUGUUAAGUGCAAGUUGGUUGAUUUUGGCAACGCAUGUUGGACUUACAAGCAAUUUACUGGUGACAUCCAAACUAGGCAGUACAGGUGUCCAGAGGUUCUACUAGGAUCCAAAUACUCGACCUCCGCAGAUCUAUGGUCAUUUGCAUGUAUAUGCUUCGAGCUGGCAACUGGUGAUGUUCUCUUUGAUCCUCAUAGUGGUGACAACUAUGACAGGGAUGAGGAUCACUUGGCCCUAAUGAUGGAACUUCUUGGAAUGAUGCCUCGAAAGAUAGCUUUAGGGGGGCGUUACUCUCGUGAAUUCUUUAACAGACAUGGUGAUUUGAGGCAUAUCAGGCGAUUGCGUUUUUGGCCUCUGCAUAAGGUGCUUAAGGAGAAAUACGAGUUCAGUGAACAAGAUGCAACUGAGUUGGCUGAUUUUCUUGUUCCUAUACUUGAUUUUGUUCCUGAGAAAAGACCUACAGCUGCUCAAUGCCUUAGUCACCCGUGGUUCACCGGAGGACCUCAGGGUCUUAGUCCUAAUGCUAAUUCUACUCCCCAGGCCAAUGAUAAUAAGACUUCCGAGAAAACCAAAGAGAAAGAUGAGAGGGAAGCUAUGGAGGCUGGAGUGGGGAACAUAGCUAUUGGGGGAGUUUCAAAGCCAGCAUCAAAACAAGCUUGCUGACUUUCACAGUAAUGAAGUGCCCCGGUAGCAAUUCAUUUUUUGACCGUCUGGCUUGUUGCAAAAGGAACCAUCACUUGGAUCUGAUCACCAGAAAAGGGAAAAAUUGCCAAUUUUCUUAAAGUCCGCAUAUUCUUUGUACAAUUUACGGAAGUUUCUGUUGCAGGAGAUUUAUGUAUUCGGGCUUUCCCUAAUCUUCCCUUCCAGAGAUGGUAUUGCUAUUGCCUCUGAUGUGAUGAUCCCUUUGUACAUCUUAUUUGAUCCGUGAUUUUCUUUGCUACCAAACAAAUGAGAGCAUGCAUUUUAAGAUAUGAAUUUUUUUCCU